CGGCGCAGCGCGCGCGUUCGGGCAUCUUGGCAGCGGAAGGACGCUAUGGAUGUGUUCGGAUCGUCGAGAGUACGCGCUCAAAAAGGCGACGAAUACUCAGAGAAAAAAGACGAAGCAAAGUGAAGUGCGAGUUGUACUGCGACUGGCUGCCCACAUCUUUAGUAGCUGAUACAUUAGCCUGCAUAGAAGUAGUAUUUCUAUACUGUGCCUAUCCUGAACUCUAUAAAUGUUUAAGUCUGGUAAUCUAGAGGUCACGGGUAUUUCCCGCAGUGGACGUGUGAGGAAGAAAUCUUCUAAACUCGUUGACUUUGAGUCUCCUGACGACUUAACGGAAAAUAAACUCAAGCGACAAAAGGCACAACAGCUACAAACUCAACACCUUUUGGAUCAGUAUGAAAUACAACAGCAACAACAGAUUUUGCCUAUCCAAUCUAACCAGGCAAGUAAUAUUGGACAGCAGAAAAAGAAUUCAGGCUCCAAUCAUGUGCAGCAGAGGCUUAAAAUGGAUCCAUUGUCUGAUAAUGAGGCACAGUCGUCCAGUUCAGAAUCUGAUGAUCCCUCUGGGAUAAACGAGGAUGAGAGAUACAGUAUGGACUCUGGAAGCGACAACGAAGUAGAUCCUCUUAUGAUCGACGAGAGAGAAAUGGGAUUUAGGAAACUAGAACCACCAGCAGGUCAGGAAACACCAUCACAAGCAAAUAGUUUAUAUAUGCUUGAAAAAUGUAAGAAAAAGUUGAUUAUUAAGGAUGGGAAAAUUAUAGGCAAGACGAAGGCACAGCGCAAGGAUAAAGGGAAAACAAGAUUUACUGCUUACAUGCUAUGGGCAAAGAAAAUUAGGCAAGAACUGUUAGAGCAAUCUCCUUACAUGGAUUUUGCGGCAAUUUCUAAGCGAUUAGGAGAGCUGUGGGCUACAGUACCACAUCUGGAAAAGUAUAAUUGGCGCAGGCGCGCAAAGCGCUUAGCAGCAAAACCUCAUCCUUUACCGAAUAAAGACGAACCUGUUUGGAAAAUGCCACCACCCGCCUCGCGAAAAAAAUUCAUUAAUAAAAUUGGCAAUGGGAAAGAGACGAAGCCUUCUACAAAAAAGACCAUUCAACUUGGCAUGCCAUCUGUUGUUGGAAAUGUUCCAGUCUCACCACCAUCGAAUCGCAACAGUAAAGAUUUGGUUAAUGAGCCAGUAAUAGGCACGGGAAUGUACAAAGUCGUUGGAACGCAGCCAAUUGAUGUUGCGGCCCAUCUCAAGCUACUUGGUGAAAGCUUAACAAUCAUUGGAGAACGUCUGAAGGAACAUGAUGGUCAAAUAGCUGUAUCCGGUAGUCUUUCAGUUUUAUUGGAUUCGUUGCUCUGUGCCUUAGGUCCGUUAAUUUGUUUAACGCAACAAUUGCCAGAAACUAAUGGAGCUAGACCUGAAACACUUUCCCAAAUGCUCGACAACAUUGCUUAUCUUAUGCCUGGUCUAUAAUGUACAAAAUAUGUACAUAGAAUUUUAUCCACAGUCAUGUAAAUAUACUUGUAUGAGAAAUUAGAUGCUAAAAAUAGAUUAUAUGAGCGCGAAGACAAAAAUGCAUACGUCGUUCAUUGGUGUAUUGGAUAUUUUAAUGUAAUACAGAUUUGUUAUAUUUCAUGUACUGGUAAACAGAUGAAAAAACAGCAUUAUGUUUUAUAUAAAU